ACUGCCAGCCAACUUCCAACCUCAGUGAUAAUAUAGAACAUGAGCUAUGUUUGACAACCCCACACUCCUACUUUCUCUCAAAAUUUUGAUAAGAAAGUCUUGACCUUGAAGAGAGAGAGAGGGAGAAAGAACCUACUAUUCUUCUUCUUCUUCUUCCUGCAUAGCUAAUUAAUUUCCAUGGAGGACUUCAACAACUACAACAAAUCAAGGUCUCAUGGAAAUAAUGGGCAAAUGAUGCAGCAGAUGGAGAGGUACUAUGGAGGAGCACCACCACAACCAACAAGGCCUUAUGAUCUCAGGUCAUACAGUGUUUCUUCAUAUACACAAGCUCCUAAUAAUUACAACAACAAGGACUUGAAGAUGAUGAAGAAAGGAAAAAGCAUGUCAUCAAGGACUUCUUCUAUUUCCAAGUCUUGGAGCUUUGUUACUGAUCCUGAGAUUCAAAGGAAGAAGAGGGUUGCUAGCUAUAAAAUGUAUUCUGUGGAAGGAAAAGUCAAAGGCUCCUUUAGGAAGAGCUUUAGGUGGGUUAAGGAUAGGUACUGCCAAGUGGUUUAUGGCUGGUGGUGAUUAAUUACCCCUUUGUAUUAAUUUCCUGUUUACAUAUAUAUGAUUUUGAGUUUUUUUCUGUUCAUGAUUAGUAGAAUUAUGAGUUAUGAUCAGUUCAGUUAAUUUGACUUGAGUUUACCAAAGAUUUGAUUUAUAAAUUAAUGUUACUUUAUUGAA